AUGGCCGCCAGUUGCAUCUUCUGCAAGAUUAUCAAGGGCGAUAUUCCGUCCAUGAAACUCUUCGAGAGCGAAAAGACUCUUGCAUUCCUCGACAUUGGUCCACUCUCACAAGGUCAUGCACUCGUAAUUCCUAAGCACCACGGAGCCAAACUCCUCGACAUCCCAGACGAAGACCUCUCAGAAGUCCUACCGGUUGCGAAGAAGAUUGCCAAAGCUGUUGGCUCAGAUAAUUACAACAUCCUGCAGAAUAAUGGCCGUCUAGCGCACCAAGAAGUCGAUCACGUCCACUUUCACGUAAUUCCGAAGCCUAACGAGCAAGAGGGGCUGCAAAUUGGAUGGCCGACGCAGAAAGGUGACAUGGAUAAGCUCAAGAAACUGCUAGAAGAGAUCAAAUCGAAGAUGUAG